AAACAAGAGAACUGUCAGCAGCUGUGUCUCUGAGCAACUUACAUUCCAGUAUUGCAGUCUGGUUUGCUAGGAGUGUUAACUUUUUCCAUUGCAGUGUUCACAGGUGGAAUACAGCCUUUUUGCUGUGCCUGAAGCUAGAACAGACUGAAAGUCAAGAAAGAAAGCACUGAAAUCUUACAUUUCCGACAUGCCGCUACCUAUGGAUCAGUCAGAAGAACUACGGACAUACCAGCAGACUCUCUUACAAGAUGGGCUCAAGGACUUACUUGACAAUAACAAAUUUGUAGACUGUGUAUUAAAGAUUAAAGACAAAGAAUUUCCAUGCCACCGGCUUGUGCUAGCUGCCUGUAGCCCAUACUUCAGGGCAAUCUUCCUGUCAGAUUUAGAUGAAGCUGAAAAGAAAGAAAUUUCCAUGGAGGAUGUGGACCCAGAUGUGAUGGGUAUGAUUCUUAAUUACAUCUACACUUCUGAAAUUGAAAUCAGUGAUCAGAAUGUUCAGGACAUUUUUGCUGUUGCAAACAUGUUUCAGAUUCCAUCCAUUUUCACUGUCUGUGUAUCCUUCCUGCAGAAAAGACUCAGUCUUAGUAACUGCCUUGCGGUUUUUAGACUUGGCCUGAUGCUAGAUUGUCCACGUCUAGCAGUAGCAGCUAGAGAUUUUAUCUGUGAUCGUUUCAGUUUGAUUAGUAAAGACGAUGAGUUUUUCCAGCUGUCACCCACCGAACUAGUAGCCAUAAUUGCCAGUGAUUCCCUCAAUGUUGAAAAGGAGGAGGUAGUCUUUGAGGCAGUCAUGAAAUGGGCUGCAAAAGAUAAGGAGAACAAUACCAAGGCUUUGCCAGAUAUCUUCGACUGCAUUCGCUUCCGCCUCAUGUCCAAAGACUAUAUCACAAACCAUGUGGAGAAGCAUGCUCUCAUAAAAUCCAAUCCACAGAUUAUUCAAAAUCUCCAGAUGGUGAAAGAUGCUCAGGAUGGUAAACUCCCUGAUGUAGCAAAGAAAACAACCAACACCCCCAGUAAAAAGAAAGAAGAUGAUGACAGUGGUGAAGGUGAAGCUGAAGAAGAUGAGAAAGACCUCCUUCCUGCCAUUUUAAAUGACAACCUUCGGUUUGGAAUGUUUACAAAGGACCUGAUUCUCAUAAUCAGUGACACGGGAACAGUGGCUUAUGAUCCCUAUGAUAACGAAUGCUAUCUUGCUACAAUGACAGGCCAGAUUCCAAAAAAUCACACAAGCAUAGUAACAAAAGAAAAUCAGAUAUUUGUUGUUGGAGGCGUUUACUAUAAUGAGGGGAACACAGAUGAGCCACUUAAUUCAUUCUUCCUUCAGUUUGAUCCACUGGAGACGGACUGGCUAGGUAUGCCCCCAUUACCUUCACCUCGGUGUUUGUUUGGUCUUGGAGAAGCUGAAAACUUUAUUUAUGCUAUUGGAGGAAAAGAACUGAAGGAAGGAGAGCAGACAUUAGACACCGUGAUAGCCUAUGACAGACAUUCCUUUAAAUGGGGAGAAUCUGAUAGUCUGCCAUAUCCAGUGUAUGGUCAAGCUGUCGUGUCACACAAGGACAUGGUCUACAUUAUUGGUGGCAAAGGAGAAGACAAGAAGUGUCUAAAUAAAAUGUGUGUCUAUGAUCCAAAGAAGUUUGAAUGGCGGGACCUGGCUCCAAUGAAAAUAGCUCGCUCUCUUUUUGGUGCUACUGUACAUAAAGGAAAAAUCUAUGUAGCGGCUGGUGUCACAGACAAUGGAUUGACAAACUCUGUUGAAGUCUACAACAUUGCUAAUAACAAGUGGGAAGAUUUUGUUGAAUUCCCCCAGGAGCGCAGUUCCCUUAGCCUAGUCAGCCUGGAGGACUCCCUUUUUGCUAUUGGUGGAUUCGCCAUGAUACAGACAGAUGCAGAAGAGCCUGCACCAACUGAGAUCACGGAUGUUUGGAGGUAUGAGGAAGAGGAAGGCAAGUGGAUUGGCAUUCUCCGCGAGAUCCCAUAUGCAUCAGGUGCUACCUUUCUGCCAACACGUCUCAAUACAUUACGACUCACCAAGCUAUAAUGUGUUUAAUACAAUCCUUUUGAAUGUGCAUACUGUUAUUACUGAGGAAGCAUGAAUUCAUAUUAAAGGAACUGGGAUACAGACUAUAUAUUUUCAGUAUGAAAAUGUUCUACGCUUUGUUUAAACAAAUAAAGAACAAAUAUCUGUUUUAUAUAUUAAAACAAGGACCUUGUGAUGAGUGAAA